CAUCCCCAUACAGCCAUAAUGUAAAGGCAGUCACCACCACUUUGAUUCAGCUUGUGGACUUUAUAAAAGUUUGACUCUGCUGUGUGUCGAUGUUGAUGAGGUCACUUUAAAGCACUUAAUGUCCCUGAGCUGUUAAUGCUGGAGGCACAACACUCGUGUCUGCUUUUAAUCACCUCAAAUAAACAGAAUGUGUUUGAGUUUAAUUUAUUUCCACGCUGUGUUUUGUGAUAAGAGUUUUGUUUGUGUGUGUGUGUUUUUUGGCUCCCAGCUAUCUGAAAGGAAUGUACUCAUUUGGUCUGCUGGAAACUAAAGCGUAUGACCAGGCUGAGAAAGUAGCCAUGGAGGGUCUCGCUCUGGCUCCAGAAGACGCCUGGUCCGUGCACUCUGUAGCGCACGUUUAUGAGAUGAGAGCCGAGGUGGAGAAAGGCCUGAAGUUCAUGGAGAGCAGAGAGAAAGACUGGCAGAAAUCUGACAUGCUGGCCAGUCACAACUAUUGGCACUGGGCGUUGUACUUCAUCGAGAAGGAGCAAUACGAAGCCGCUCUGGAUAUAUUCGAUUCUCAGAUAUUCAGACGCUGUAAAGCCACAGGAUCCAUGUUGGACACCGUCGAUGCCUGUUCAUUGCUCUCCAGACUGGAAAUGGAGGGUGUGUGCGUGAAGGACCGUUGGCGCGAGCUGCUCCAGGUGACGCAGCCUCACACCGACGACCAUGUGACGUUGUUUAACGACUUCCACUUCCUCAUGGCGUCGCUGGGUGCCAAAGAGAGCGCGACUUCUCGCCGUCUUCUCGAGGGCCUCCAGGAAUUGGCCAAAGAGCCAGGAGUUAACCAACAACAUCAGAUGGCUAAUACCGUCGGCAUACCCGUGUGUCAGGCCAUGGUGGAGUACGACCAUGGCAACUACAGUCGCGCUGUGGAGCUGCUGUACCCGUUGCGCUACAACAUCGUGAAAAUAGGAGGCAGUGAUGCACAGAGAGACAUCUUCAAUCAACUGCUUAUUCAUGCAGCCGUGAAAUCCGAGAAUGAGCACCACAAGAAGCUGGGAAGAUGUCUUCUGGUGGAGCGUGAUGCCGUGAGGCCGGGAUCCCCUCUGACGACUCGUCUGAUGCAGAGAGCCAUGGCGCUGCACUAGACCGAUAGCAAGGUGUGCAAGGUGGCUCUCGUUCAGAAAACAUGAAGGAAAACUAUAAUCUGAAGUGGCAGGGUCAGGCUGUAAGAGAUUAUUUGAGCAAAAAAAACAGGAGCUUAUCACUGUCAACACAUCUGAAUGUUUUUAACACAGCACUCUUCAAAUGUAGAGAGCUCAGUGGCCUUUAUACUGCUAACAUGUCAAGCUUCAUAAGUAACACAUUUGCACAUUCCUCCAGGCUAUGAGACAUUAUUCACCCUGCGUUUCCAGGUGGCAUGCUUAAUAACACAUUGUCUGUGUGUUUGUUCUUUCAGCUGACAAAUCUGUCACUCAAUCAUUGUAACGCAGCAUCACUUUGUGUGAGUUUUAUUAGCAAACUUCACAUUUAAGAAUAAAUACUUUAAGAAAUGAAAACUUCUUGUCAAGUUCAAUACAAAAAAAAAUCUAAUAAAUAUACAUUUUGCACUUUG